AUGGAAAGCGACUUGACCAAACGUCGACCUUCAGUAAUACCCGGAUGGUCACCUGUUUUACCUGCUGGAUAUAUACCUGCAAUACCUCCAGUUGAUGACACUGCAAGUGAUACUGAGCAAGAUGCUAAAAAUUCUUCUACAUCUAAUCGUCUAUCACAUUUACCGUCAAUAACAAGUUAUGAAACAAAACCAUAUUUAAGAAUAAAAAAGUUUCAUUUUAAUAAUCAAGCAGCGAUGUCCAUGGCUCAUACACAUGGUAUAUGUGUUUUGAAUACUGAUGAGGAACAAAUCAUAGCUUGCGAUCAUUAUAAUAAUCGCCUACUUAUGUUUGAUUCAAAUACAGAUGGACGUUUAUUAGAAAUAUUUCGUGGUGAUAUGGCAACACCGGAAUGUGUUGCAUCACGACCACAUUAUCAACACCAAAUUUAUAUAACAAAAGCACAUUCAAUUUCUUUAUAUGAUUUAGAAAAAAAGCAAUUUAUACACCAGCUAGGUAGCGAAGAAAGUGGCCAUGCUAAUAAUCGAUUUAAUUCACCAGGUGGUAUGAGCGUUGAUCCGGCCAAUGGAGAAAUAUAUAUGUGUGACACAUGGAAUCAUCGAGUUUGUGUCUUUUCACCAGAUUUUCGUUAUAUUAAUCGUCGAUGGUAUUUAACGCAAUGGCAACUAGAACAUCAUAAAGUCAAACCAAAUUUUCUUGCCGUUAAUGGAACCAAUGAAUGCGUUGUUACAUGUGAUGAUGUACCAAAUUAUCGUGGUGCUGUUUAUGUUUUCGAUAAAAUGGGUUAUAUACAGAAAAUUUACGAUCAAGAAACACGUAAAAAAGCUCCGCAUGUUGAAGUAAAAUUAAAUGUUCCACAUGGCAUAUUACUUGAUGAUGAAGGCAAUUGGUUAACAGUAUGUUAUUCAGAUCUUGAAUCGUGCUGGGUUGAACGACGAUAUAAACCAUAUCAACAUGAUGAACAUGAACUUAUAACUUAUUGGCGAAAUAAAGAAUUAAAAGGACCGAGUGCAUUAGCAAUUAAGCGUGACCAAACAUUAGUCGUUGGUGAUCGGGAUGAAAAUGCAAUUUACCUUUUUAAACAAAUUCAAAGUCAUUGA